AUCAGGAACCCAUUAUCCUCCAGUGUUGACAUAUUUCAGAACUGAAACCUACCUGGAGUGCCCAGAAGUACAAGGUGUUCAAUGCUCAGGAACAUGGCCAAGAUAAGGGGACAUCUACACUGAUCAUCAGGGCACUGAUGAUCAGUGUGCUCUGAUGAUCAGUGUAGCCCCAGCAGGGCCACCUGUCAGUGCCCAUCAGUGCCAGCUCUCAGUGCUCAUCCAUGCCACCUGCCAGUGCCCAUCAGUGCCACAUCAAUGCCACAUAUCAGUGCCUACCAGUGCACAUCAAUGCCACAUAUCAGUGCCCAUCUGAGCUGCCUUUCAGUGUCACCCAUCAGUGCCAGUCAGUGCCACCUAUCAAUG